GGUAGCUUUGUUGUUCGCUGUGCCGUUAGCUAGCUAGCUAGCCGGGUGUCGUGACGACAGUUCUAAAUGAGUUUUCCAAGUCAGUAAUAAACAAUAUUUCCCACAUAUUUAACGAGUUAAGUUAUAUGUUUGUAUGUGCGUUGAAAUAUUGCACAAGGAGCUCAAUUUAAAAUGAAAAGGGUAAAUAUUCAACAAACGGUAAUUGUUUAGGACUUCAGCAGCACCGGAAGUAGUUUAAUAAAUAAUAGUUUCUUGAUUAACGUUACAAAAACUGAAACUUAGAAUGUGCAUAUUGCCAGGAAACGGACACAUCGUGAGCAGAUACAUUUUACCUAAAAGAAACACUUAAUUUAGUCCGUUUUAGGAGAGUGUUUUUGUUUGCGAUUUAGUUUUCUUUGUGUCGGAAAUKGAUCAACAGGAAACUAUUUAUAUCCAGCACUGCUUCGCGUUUCUUUCUUUGUUUAUUUACCGUCGUAGCUAAACGUUAAUUUGCCGGUAGUUAUAGUUAGAUCGGAUUGCUGCAAUGCUACACGCAAGCACACCAGUGAACUUCCAUGGGCAUCUCAGUGAUCUGACCAUGAGACGGAGUCCAAGGAGACCCCUGAUCCUAAAAAGAAGAAAACUUCCUUUUCAGCAAAAUGAACCAGAACCAGCACACGCCCAGUCCGAUGGCUCCAAAGGAACGUGCAAACCAGCCGCUGGUCAGUGCUUCUCUGAUGGUGUCCGCGUCAUGGAUCACCCUUCCAUGGCCGGUACCCAGGUGGUCGUCGUUCCCAAACAGGCAGAUCUUCAAAGUGUAAUCGGAGCCCUCAGUGCUAAAGGUAAAGAGUGUGGCAUCCAGGGCCCGAACAAGUUUAUUCUUCUGAGCGAGAGCCAGGAUAACGCAUCUCUUUGUCAAGCGUCUGUGAAAGAAGAACCAGCUGGACAACCAGCGAAUGCAGAAAGCCUCGGCUCUGCUGACGCCAAACCUGUCUCUGCAACUGCGAAUAAAGAUGCAAGUCGUCAGCCUUUAGAUGACAGCCUCACCAACAUUCAGUGGCUCGGCAAAAUGAGCUCAUGUACCUUGGAGCAGGAUGCUGUAAAGCAGAACAAGGAGAACCAGAUUCCAACAUCCCAGAAUCAAACAGGACAGGAAUGUGCCACAUCUAAUGUCGAAAGCGCCCGUCAGCCGGCGGCAGAGAGGCCUCCGUACUCCUACAUGGCCAUGAUCCAGUUUGCCAUCAACAGCAAUGCGAGGAGGAGGAUGACGCUGAAAGAAAUCUACAUGUGGAUCGAGAAUCAUUUUCCUUAUUACCGAGAGGUGGCCAAACCAGGGUGGAAGAAUUCCAUCCGCCACAACCUCUCCCUACACGACAUGUUCAUCCGCGAGACGUCACCCAAUGGGAAAGUUUCUUACUGGACCAURCGGCCUGAGGUCAACCGCUGCCUCACUUUUGAUCAGUUGUACAAGAAGGUGACUCCCACUGUGAGGAAAAUGCCAACGUGCUCCGAGAGAAAGAUAAAGCCUCUCCUGCCUCGCACCGAAUCCUACUUGGUUCCCAUCCGGCUCCCAGUCGCCUCCCCCGUGUACCUGCCAUACCCGUCUGCUUCCUUCAUCYCCGGGGGGCCGAAGCGGAAACAGAACUUUUGUCGAAUAGCCAAGAAAGUGCGUAUUGCUCCGAAGGUGACGCAAAGUGACCUCCCAGCUGUGGGUCGCUCUCCUCUGAGGAACAACAGCUUAAAUGUGGCGGUAAAGGAGGAACCGAUAGGAGUUCCAAUAAGGAGCGAGACCCCCAAAGCCCCCACAAAUAAACAAGGCAGCAGGUCUCGUCGUAAACAGCGCCUCAGCUCGCUGCACGAGGAGCCCAUUCUCCUCUACCCCGAUACUACCUUCUUUGACUCGGGCAUAGCUUUCGAUGCGUCCACGUUCCAGGAUGCGCGAGACGCCGAGCGCAAUCAGCACCGCAGCACACUGGACAGCCCCGACCAGGCGUUCUCCUUUAAGACCCCCAUAAAAAGUAGCAACCCCUUGACCUCGUCCACGCCCAGCCGGCCCACUCCGAAUGUCGCGAUCGAGCCGUGGAAAGUGACCCCCGUGGGCAAACGGAGCAAAAACGUCCUGGACUUUAGCCCCAUCUGCACGCCGGGCGGUCCCGCAGCCACCCCUCAGAACGACUACACCACCUUCAGCCUCAGCGGCACCCCGUUCAAAGAUCUGCCUCUGUUCGGCUCGCCCAGGGAGCUGCUGCAGACGGGGGGCACCUCGCCGCCCAGCCGCUCGGUCACGGAGGGCCUCGUCCUGGACACCACCAACGACAGCCUGAGCAAGGUUCUGGUGGACAUUAGCUUCACAGGUCUGGACGGCGAGGACCUCGGCACUGCUAACAUCAGCUGGUCCGAGUUCAUGGGUCACAUUUAGGCUGCGUGAUGUUGGGCCUGAUUUACAAAGCACUACAGAAGAAAAGCCACAUGUACUCUGGAUCCGCAAAGCAGAUGCUGAUCUAAUAUACUGUUUUUGGAAACAAAUACUAUCCUCACUGAAGGUCUGGGGUAGAAAAUUCGCUUAUUAAGGUAAUGUAAAGUUAGAUGUUUCCUUUUUGUAUUUGGUAGUUUGUAACAAUCUGAAAUAGUUACAUCGCUAAAUGAUUUAUGAUGUAAUAGAUAUUACAUUUGGUGGGUAUGUUGAGUUCAUAAAAGUCUAAUUUGAGCUUUAAUUUACAAAUCAAAAUAGAAAAAUUGUCCCACUGUAAUGGCUAAUUUGAAUUUUCGAUAAAUCUUUAAACUUUUUGUUGAGUUUGGACCCAUUUUAGGGAUCAGUUUAGCAUCUGCUUUGCUUUCUGUUAGCUGUUUCUUGGACAAAUAAGAGGGCUGUUUAUUUAACUAUUUCAUUUUAGUCUUUAUUUGUACAUUUUAACUUGACAAAAAUUUAUUUGUGUGUGUUCUUCUUUUUUGUUUUUGAUCAUUUAUCCUCAAGGCGUAUCUGCCGCUUUAAGGAAUUGCAUGAAAAAAAAUAUUUAAACGUGUACAUAAGUUGAUUUGCACAUAUUAAUAUAUAAUUUACAGUUUCCAUUGGAAAGUGGGGAAAUCAUUUUCUGAUUAUAGAGCAAGAGUUGUCGUUUGGCACAGCUUGGCGGGCCGGCGUAGACUAGCAAUAGUAAAGUAUUACAAGUAGCACUAACAGCAGCAGGAUUGUGUCUGUUAAUUGUCGAAGAGUCGCUCGUUUUUCUAAAUGUUCCCAGUACUUGUGUCCAAGAGUGUCAACAUCAGGACACAUUUUGUAUGAAGUGACCUUAUAUCUGCUUCACAUUUCAAAUCUUAGAGCAGUAAAUCCAGAAAUUUUACUUUUUACUCAGUUUUUGCAGCYUUGAAGGCAAACGGAACUAUUCGGACACCACGCAAUAAGUUCAUCUCUUUAUGAUCAGUGCUUAUAUGGCUGUUAAGAAAUGUCUUAAAACGGCUCGUUUGUUUCCUGAAGUUGGUGUUUUUAAAAUGGCAAUAAAUGUCUUAGUUCUCUUAAAACAUCAUGACUGUAUUAAGUCCUUCCAUUGAUGCAAAUAAUGAGGUGUAAUGUUUAAGGUGGACACUGUGUGAACAUUUCUGUCUAAAUAAAAGAUAAUUUAUAAACCUU